AUGCUUUUCCUCCCAGCUGCUGCUCUGUGCUGUCUGUGUUCAGCCCUGGUUGCCAUGGCAGCAGAUCUGACCCAGGACCAGUUAACAUGGACCAGGAGAGUUGAUCAAACAGUCUCCUUCAGAUGUGAAGGAACUGGCCAGUGUAAUGUAAAUAAUUAUAUAUACUGGUACCAGAAGAAAGAAACAGAAACAUUCAAACUGAUUCUUGAUAUUGAUAAAAGUAAUGGUGCAAUUGAUAAAAGUUACAAGCAUCCCCAGGAAGAUGAUUUCUCAGCUGUGAAUAAACAGAACAGUUGGGAGUUGGAGAUCAAGAAAGUUAAAGUCGAUCAUUCAGCCUCCUACUACUGCUCCUGUCUGAAGGAUGAUACCCGCUACUUCAUCUUUGUCUCUGGAACUAAACUGUAUGUAACAGAUGAGCAGGUAGUGAAGCCCGUGGUGAGCGUGUAUCCAGCAGCAUCCAGACCCAACCAGGAGGGGAAGAGCUCCCUGCUGUGUCUGGCCUCAUCCAUGUUUCCUCCUGUGGUCCAGUUCUCCUGGAAAAGACAGAAGAAGGGCGGCUCUCUGGAGGAUCUGACCUCUGCUCAGGGAGAUCAGCUGGAGCUCAGAGAGUCAGGACACAGAGCCUCCAUCAGACUGGUGGAUAGAAAUGAUCUGUACACAUAUAAAUACAUCUGCUCCGUCAAGCACGAGGGAGGCACAGUGGAGGACACACUGAAGAAAGAGGUUCCAGCUCCAGCAGCCUCCUGUCCUCCAGAGAGAGAGCCAGCAGACCUGGCAGCUCUGCAGCAACAUCACUUGUCCUUCCAGUCUCAGUGCAGGGUGAAGCUGCUCUGUCUGCUGUACACAGUGCUGAUAGUGAAGAGUCUGGUGUACUGCUGUGGACUCUCUCUGCUGACGAGCCUCACAAACAAGGGACCAUCCACCAGCUCCACACAUGCUGACUGA